ACCACAACAAAGCCACUGCCCGCCAUCUGUCGCCUGCCUCUAGGCGCCGCGUCUGUCGUCAGCCUUCGCCCCAAGUUUCACGCUGAUCAGCCACAACUCGGCGCCUCUGCCGGACACACGCUAGAAAGACGGGCUUCCAGAAACGGUCGUCGUCAGCCUCCGACCCAAGCUUCAAGCCGGCAAGAGCGGUUGCUACUUCGUUGCAUGGCCUCUCUGCGGAACGAUGUCGUGACCUUCAUCGAGAAACAAUAUACGGCAAAUGCACGUCUCUCCGUCAUGUCUUCGAGAAUUUCGUCGUCAUCGAGAACGCUUGAAAACUGCGUAGAUGCCAUAUGA